CCAUUUCAGAUCCAAUAUUGCUUUGCUGAGCAUCUGGUACUCCCUUGUUGUCUCAAGCUUCUGGCACUUUUCACCUCCAUUCCACUGACUUAGCCCGCAAUGAACGGCCACAUAGAACAGCCAGUCUCUGGCCCAAGGCGGCUACGACAGAUGCUGUCCGAUCCAUCAAAGACUGUUGUAGCCCCUGGUGUAUACGACGGCAUCACCGCACGCUUGGCGCUCAACGCCGGCUUUGAAUGCUUAUACAUGACAGGCGCAGGGACCAGCAUGUCUCGACUAGGCAUGGCGGACUUGGGACUCACGACGUUCACCGACAUGCACCAGAAUGCUGCUAUGAUCGCCUCGAUCAACCCGGCUGUGCCUGUCAUUGCGGACGCAGACACAGGAUAUGGCGGGCCGAUCAAUGUUGCGAAUACGGUCAGGGCAUAUGCACGAUCAGGCGUUGCUGGCCUCCACAUCGAGGAUCAAGUCCAGGAAAAGCGUUGCGGGCAUCUGAGUGGCAAGCUACUUGUUCCACGAGAGGUGUACUACAACCGUCUACGAUCCGCAUGUAAAGCUCGAGAUGAUGGCGGACAUGGUAUUGUAAUCAUUGCCCGGACGGAUGCACGCGCCGGCAAGGACGCGCAGGGCAACGGCGGCUUCGACGAAGCCGUUGAACGCAUGAGGAUGGCUGCCAAAAUCGGCGUGGACGCCCUCUUCUUCGAGGCCAUCCAAUCUCAAGACGAGGCGAAGAAAGUCAUCGAGUGUCUUCCGAAUGGCGUUCCGGUACUACUGAACAUGGUCCCUGGCGGUCGAACUCCGAUCGUCACUAAUGACGAGGCGAACAACCUAGGCUUCCGGAUAGUCAUCUGGCCGACGGUGGGCCUGGAAGCCGUUGUGCCUGCGGUGCAGAGCGCGCUGCAGACGCUGAAGAAGACAGGCAAAUCACCUGAACAUCAGAACAUUGGACCUGGAGCAUUGUUCGAGGUCUGCGGGUUAAAGGAGCUUAUGGCGUUCGACGAAAGUGUCGGCGGUAGCGCAUAUAGCGAUCUCUAACGUGCCGGAUGCGUGGCUGUCACUUGACCAGCAAC